AUGGAAAUGGAAUUAAUAUCCAGAGAAUUCAUCAAACCCUCUACACCUACACCUUCUCACCACAGAAUCCAUCCCCUCUCUUUCAUAGAUCAUAUAGUUGCUCGUAACUACGUGCCAGUAGUUUACUUCUACACAAACGAGGGCUCUGAAAAUGAUGAUAAUAACCAAGGAUCCAAAAUAUCAAUGCUCAAGAAAUCCUUAUCUGAAGUUCUAUCCAUAUACUACCUUCUUGCUGGUAGGUUCAGAGAUAAAACUUCCAUUGAUUGCAACGACCAAGGGGUGUUAUUGCUGGUCACAAGGAUCAGAAGCAAGCUAUCUGAGAUCCUCCACAACCCCAUUAAUGAAGCAAUAUUGAACCCUUUGUUCCCAGAUGAAUUGCAGUGGAAGGACAUGGGUUCAAGUGCAAGUAUAGUUGCCAUUCAAAUCAACUCUUUCGAAUGUGGAGGAAUAGCUAUCAGCGUGUGUAUGUCUCACAAAGUUGGUGAUGCUUCCGCUCUUUUCAACUUUGUCAAUGACUGGGCCAUCAUGAACCGAAAAUCUAGUGAUGAAGAAGGAGAGUUAUUAAUACCCUCCCCUGUGCUUGAUGCUGGAGCUUCAUUAUUCCCACAUGGGGAUUUACCAGAUUUACCUGAAACUCUGUUUAUGUUACGAAACACUGUAUGCAGAAGGGUUGUGUUUGAAGCCUCGAAGAUCGAGUCCCUCAAGGCAAUGGUUUCAUCUCACAAUAAGGUGGAAAACCCUUCACGUGUUGAAGUUGUUAUUGCACUAAUUUACAAGCGUGCAGUUUCUGCUUUGAGAUUAAAUAACAACACACUUUUGCGAGUUGCUGCAAACCUCCGCAGAAGAAUGGUUCCUCCACUUCCUGAUAAGUCUAUAGGUAACUGGGUUUGGUCCUUUCCUGUGUCCUGUGACACAGGGGAAGCAGAGUUGCAUGAUUUGGUGAGCAAAAUGAGAGAAGGGUUAUCAGAGUUUUGUGACAAAAAUGUGAAAAACUUUGGGGAUUUUUCAUUUGUGUGUGAGUUCUUAAAACAAGCUACUUCUUUACCAAAACCAAAAGAAACAAGUUCAAAUGCUUCUAACCAGGUGAAGCCUUUAGCUAUGUUUUUCUUUGCGAGCUGGUGUAGGCUCCCAACCUAUGAAGUGGACUUUGGGUGGGGUAAGCCAAUAUGGGUGACAAGUAUUGGUUCUCCAGUGAAGAAUAGUGUAGUUUUGAUGGAUACAAAAGAUGGGAAUGGGAUUGUAGCGCUUGUGAAUAUGGAUGAGCAAGACUUGGCCAUAUUUGAACGUGAUGUGGAGCUCCUUCAAUAUGCAUCUCUUAAUUAG